CAGCGAUGUCAGAUCUACGGAAAUCUCCGUAGAUCUACGGAUUCGAACAUUUUCUACGGAUCUACGGAUCCGUAGACAAAAUCUACGGAAAUUUGAUUUUUUUCUACGGAAAUCUACGGAAAUUACAAUUAAUCAACGGAGAACUACGGAAACUAGUUUUGUCUGGCGAGCAAAAUAAGCUUUUCACCUUGAGAGCUUCCGAGAAAAAUGCCAAUCUACGGAAAUGACACUACUACUAUCUGGCAUCGCUGAUCAACAAUUCCACAUUAUUUUCUAUUAAUUUCACAACCAAAUUUAAUCGUCAGGCACGUUUUGUUCUUAGUUCUAAAGUUUCGAAAUUGCGCCAACUAAUAACAAUUCUCGAGUAAACUAUGUCCACCACUGGUAGCUUUACCUGCCUGAAUUGCAGUGUUCGUUUCCAGAAUGCUGAAAUGCAACGGGAACAUUACAAGACCGACUGGCACAGGUACAAUCUGAAGCGGAAAAUAGCGGAACUGCCUCCGGUAAGCAUAGAGGAAUUUGAAAAGCGCAUUAUCCAACAGAAAAGUGCCGAUGCGGCAGCUCUCGAGGAUCAGUCUCUGUAUUGUAAGGCGUGCAAGAAAUUGUUCAAAUCGAAAAAAACGCACGACAACCAUUUGGACAGCCGAAAGCACAAAGACAAUCUGAAGGCUUUUCUUGAGCAGCAACCGGAAGCAAAGGACCAAGAUGUUUCCGUUAAAUCAUCUCGCUCUUGCAAAACCACUGCAUCGGACCAGCAGCAACCGAUGGAUGAAGAUGUUGAGGAAGUUGACUCCGACCAGUGGGACAAAGAAUGGGACAAUCCGAUUGAGAACAAUGAUUGCUUGUUCUGUUUACACCACAGUGAGGACAUAAUCAAGAACAUCAAACACAUGAGCGUAUCGCAUUCAUUUUUCAUCCCGGACGCUGAAUACUGCAUUGACGUUGAAGGUUUACUUUCUUAUUUGGCGGAGAAAAUCUGCAAGGACUUCAUCUGCAUCUGGUGCAAUGAAAAAGGAAGGACGUUCUAUUCGUUGGAUGCCGUCAGGAACCAUAUGGUUGAAAAAGGUCAUUGCAAGAUGCUACAUGAAGGAGCCGCAUUAGCUGAGUAUGUUGAUUAUUAUGAUUACAGUACCAGCUAUCCGGAUCACAAUGAAGAAAUGGACAUUGACGCAGAAAUUGAAACACCGCAAGUCCUGGAUGGAGAUGACUUCCAAAUGGUACUACCGUCGGGAGCGGUGAUUGGUCACCGCUCAUUGCUUCGGUAUUACAAGCAACGUUUGAAUCCGAACCGUGCUUUGGUAGUUAAGAAAUCUACCCAACGCCUGCACAAGGUACUGGCCGAGUAUCGUGCCCUCGGGUGGACCUCCACACAGCAAGAAGCAGCAGCUCGCAAUGCCCGGGAUAUGCAUGUAAUGAAAAGACAGCAAGCCAAGCUAGUGCAGCAAGUCGGUGUGAAGGCCAACAAACUACAGAAGCACUUCCGUGUGCAAGUGAAUUUCUAAAUGUAGUCACAUUUCUUAUUGUAUCUAGCUAAUAUCGACCCGUUAUCAUUAUAAAUAAAUCGUUAAUGCUUGAACAUGAUCGAUUAA